CCAGGUGCAGAGCAAGCUUGAAAGAGACAGCGGAAGGACUUUCCCGGACUGCACUGUCGCUCAGCUGGCCGCACCAAUCACCACGCAGCUAGCCCUCGGACCCUCCUCUUUGAGGGCGUGUCCCUGGUGAGUGAUUGACGGAGCCGCCCGGCCCAGCUCAGGCCAGCCCACGUUGCUGCUUAGAUUGAAAUGCAGAACUCUAGCCUCUUUCAUCGGGGCACAGACUUCCUUUUACUCCUUCCUUUUGCACUCUCGCCGCCUCCUCCCGGGAAGAAGUGGAGGCACCGGCAGCCCGGGGCAGCGACGAGCCGGGCCACUGAGGCUGUGCGAAAAGUUACUUUUUGGGAGUGCGGAACUGGGGCCCCGUUGGUGUACUGCUCGGAGCAAUGGAGCCAGCCUUUGGGGAGGUGAACCAGCUGGGAGGAGUAUUCGUGAACGGGAGGCCGCUGCCCAACGCCAUCCGGCUUCGUAUCGUGGAACUGGCCCAACUGGGCAUCAGACCGUGUGACAUCAGCCGCCAGCUACGGGUCUCGCACGGCUGCGUCAGCAAGAUUCUGGCGCGCUACAACGAGACAGGCUCGAUCUUGCCAGGAGCCAUUGGGGGCAGCAAACCCCGAGUUACCACCCCCACCGUGGUGAAACACAUCCGGACCUACAAGCAAAGGGACCCUGGCAUCUUUGCUUGGGAAAUCCGGGACCGCCUGCUGGCGGACGGCGUGUGCGACAAGUACAACGUGCCCUCGGUGAGCUCCAUCAGCCGCAUCCUGCGCAACAAGAUCGGCAACUUGGCUCAACAGGGUCAUUACGACUCCUACAAGCAGCACCAGCCGGCGCCGCAGCCGGCUCUGCCCUAUAACCACAUCUACUCGUACCCCAGCCCCAUCACGGCGGCCGCAGCUAAGGUGCCCACGCCGCCCGGGGUGCCAGCCAUCCCCGGCUCGGUGGCCAUGCCCCGUACCUGGCCCUCCUCCCAUUCCGUCACCGAUAUCCUGGGCAUUCGCUCCAUCACCGACCAAGGAGUGAGCGACAGCUCCCCCUACCACAGCCCCAAGGUGGAGGAGUGGAGCAGCCUGGGCCGUAACAACUUCGCCGCCGCCGCCCCCCACGCGGUGAACGGGCUGGAGAAGGGAGCUCUGGAGCAGGAAGCCAAGUACGGUCAGGCACCAAAUGGUCUACCAGCUGUAAGCAGUUUUGUGUCAGCGUCCAGCAUGGCUCCUUAUCCGACCCCGGCCCAAGUGUCGCCUUACAUGACCUACAGCGCCGCUCCUUCCGGUUAUGUGGCUGGACAUGGGUGGCAACAUGCCAGCGGCACCCCACUUUCCCCCCACAACUGUGACAUUCCCGCAUCGCUGGCGUUCAAGGGAAUGCAGGCAGCCAGAGAAGGUAGUCACUCUGUCACGGCUUCUGCACUCUGAUGGGAAAUUCUGUCCGGGGCAGCCUCACCCGGGUCUCCCCUCAGCACACCCUCCCCCUCUCCCCUGGUCUCGGAUCCCACCCCUCCCGCCCCCAAAGCUGGCUUUAAGGACUCACAUCCUUUGUGCCGAUGACACUUAAAUAUUUCUUGCCAUAACUUCUCUCUUGCAGAAACCUGACAUGACUUUAGGAUUUGAAAACAAAAGCAAUCUUAAGGAUUGAAUGAGACAUUUGUGUUGCCCACACACUGUUUUAACGUAGCAAAGAAACCUGCACCCCUCAAAGGGCUUAAGGAACUUUUAAAACUAGUCUUUGGUAUAACCACAUGUGUAUAUUUAUUCUAAAUCAACCUGAACUUUUGAAACGUGCAAUUGUUGAGAUUUUGCAAAAUCAAUAAAGGAAAACACAUACAGAAAAAAGUUACGCUGCACCCUCUAAUCAAAUAAGUGACCAAGUAAGUUUAAAUUCAUCAUUAGGAAACUAAUCAAUAAUUGACUUGAGUGAUGCUUUGUUUAUUUUUAAGAGAUAACGUAUUUUGUUGGAAAAUAUGUAUAACAAGCCGUAUCUGAAUUUAGCUCCUCCUGAUGUUUUUACUCGGUUCCAAAUACAGUGAUGUUUAUAUUUUCUAUUAGUUUGUAAAUACGGACUCUGGAUGGUGCAUUUGUGUUUUCAUUCCAUGGGAUACCCCCCUCCCUCCCACCCCUAUCUAUUUUUUUCUCUCUUUUUGUAAAGGUGACUUUCUGGCAACGUCUUUGUCUCUGUUUGGUGGUGGGCUCCUGGACCUGGACUUGCCCCAAAUUUUGUGUGUGCAGUGAAGGCUUCAACAUCUUAUGAAGGACAUUUUCUUUCUACAGCAGAGGACUCAAAAACAGAUUAAACAAUCCAGUCUCCCAUUUUGUAUCCUAAUCAAACAACACACAUGCCAAGCAUAUAAAGACAUGAGGGUGGAAAAUAUCUGAAUAAGAAGGCUUUAAAGGAAGUCACUUAGAAACUUAAGUUUAAUGUGAAAUGCUUUGCAAAGACACUUAAAAUGAACUUUAUGUUAAGAAAACCACUGUGAAACUAAAUUGUACUGUUAUUGUUGGCUUACCUGUGUGUUCAGCAAUCUCAGCCCAAAAUUAUGUUGUAAUUUAAAGAAAGUGGAAAAUUCUGCUCUAGUGAAUGUAAAAAUGGCUUGCUGUGAAGUUUACAUUGUUGUACAGAAGCAUGUUUCACAUGUAGGUAAACUGGUGGUGGUAUUAGAAAUACAAAUGCUAUUUAAUUUUUUAAAAUUCCCUUUAUUCAUUUCUGCAGUUAAAGGACCUAGUUUAGCCAGUAAGUCUUUCUAGACCAAUUCUGUUUUCACUUUAAUGUUAAUAGUAGAGCUGUGGGGUGUGUGUGUGUGUGUGAGAGAGAGAGAGAGAGAGAGAGAGUGUGUGUGUGUGUGAGUGAGGUGUUGUGUUUUAAAACAAUUGCUUUUCUUGGGUAUAAUUCUACAUUUUUUCUUUUCUGUUUAGAAAGUUCUUCCUGCUUGGGAUAUAGGCUUGAAACUACGUUUUAAAAACAUUGGUACAAUUCAUCUAUUGGAAAAUUAAUAUAUUAUGGGGUUUUUUUUGGCAUUCUGUGCAAUAACUAAAAGGGCACAUCACUAGAUAAUGGAUGUUAAAGAUGCAUUCGGUUAGGUGAUCUUGGUUUCUUCCUCUCUGUGCUGUGCACAGUCCACAUGGCAA